CUCGAUUACUGAUGUUUACACAUAGAGCGGCAGCGGAAGCACCCAACAUCCGCUCCGUCCGGACCAGCCCUCUUAUGGGGUGCUGAUACCGACUCGCCCUCGCCUCAAGCAGUGCGAGAAGCUACAAAAGGACGUACUCUGCACCGCGGUUGCCGUUUCUCACCAACACACAUUCACGUUGAGGAGCUAACAUUCCCCAAAGAGCCGUGACGCAGCAACUCCGCUUCUACUUCAACGCAGUAAUGACCGUGGACGAUUCGACGGAUGCCAACGGGGUCAAGGCCGCGACUUUCAAGGGCUCGCGUACCAUGGAGGUUACUGAGUCUGGAACCAGCAGCGAAGCCAAUGGCAGCAACACGGAAUCGCACAGCAGUUCUCAUUCGUUCCAGAAUAGCGGAUGCGACUGCAGUGACCACAAGUGCAAGUGCGCCAGCGUCACACGCCACCUCAUCAAGACCUUUCUCCCUGUGCUUAGCGAGGAGCGCGAGGCGGAACUUCGCGGAUGGACCAUGAAUGACGAGACGUGGUCGUGUGUCCCCUACUCCGAUGCACCAGCCAUCACCAUUGUGAACAGCCUUCACAGCUUUCAAUCGAAUGAAGUUUGUAACGAGGUUCUUCCCGUCAACGCUUUCAUGAAGGUCCUCAACACGCUCAACCACCACGUCAUGGCUUUGCCCUCGCGCUUUUUCUCGCACCUGACGUAUACGACCGACUUGUCGCACCAUGGCAUUGGCGACGAUAUCGCUCGCAUCGUCAUUCCCACGCACCGCUUCGGCGCGUGGAUCGGUGUCCUGAUCGAAACGCACGACCAGCGCGCGUGCAUCUUCGACCCUUGUGCCACAUUGACCGCUGAGGACCUUGAGGAGAUCAAGGGGCGCCUUUCGGUCUUUGAUGUCAAGGAGCACUACGUUAUAAUGCCAAAGCGCCCGAUCCACAUACGUUACUCAGUUGUGGCGGUAUGCACCGGCCUGGAGAUGCUCGCGCGUGCCGGGUGGGCGCCCGUCGCCCACCGCGUGCUUGGCAAGUUGUCCGAGAUAAUCGGCUCGGGCGGCGACCUCAGCGCUACUCUCGAUGGGCUUACCGAGGAGAAAAUGCACGCCGACGACCACAUAACGAAGGAGGAGGUCAAACUCGCGACCAAAUUGAGUCGUCUGACCGUGGACCCUGCGAGCAACGCCAUCGCGUCGCAGUUUGCCAACCGUGUUGCGUGGUCCCUUGCGACGUGUGAGCUCAACGCCCCUAUGUGGAAGUGCGGCUGCAUCCAGAAGACCAACGAGGCCACAACUCAAAAAGACACGUCGUCCGACGAAGGCAGCAGCGACAAGGAGAACGCCGCUCCUCCUCAGCCUGACUACACCGUUGAGGAGCCGGCGCUCAAGAAGCGUAAGGAGUAGCCGCGGAUGGUCAAGUCGGGGAACGCGUCAGAACUUAGCUCAAUAAGCAUGC